GUUAAAGCAUAAAGUUUUAAGAUAUUUUCAAUGCUCAAAAUAUUUUUGAAAAAAAAAAUAUAUUAAGGAGUUGUUUAAAAUUUUGUUAAUUCGAACGUGAUAUUCAGAUAUAUAAAGUGCUGAAGUAUGACGUCUAACGAUGAAACGAAAGAAUUUAAAGAAGAAAGUCAGAGUUUCGCUCUAAACAAAGUCGGCAAGUAUUGGAUCCUAAAAACAAAAACUUCCUCAAAACGUCUUGCAUUUCUUGACGAUGCAAAGUAUGUUAGAAUUGACGAUAACAUUCUAAUAGCAGAUGAACGAUUAUUUGAAAUACACAAAAAUGAAAAGGGUGAAUAUUUAUUUCGACAUCUUGAAGAUGUUGCCUGCGAGAUCUAUUUUACUGUGACUGAAAGCUCAGCAAAAACAUUCUGGAAAAAAAUUGAUCCCCCAGAACCAAUAAAGACUAACAAAGAAAAUAGUGAAAUGGAUGUUUAUGAUUAUGCUGAAAAUGAACAAGUCCCAAUUCAGUAUGAAGAACCAAGUGCACGUCCUGUGAAAGACGAUAAUUAUGAGGAAAUUAAUUUUGAUGAAGGUAAACCAGGACAUUCUAAGUUAGUAAACGAUUCUUUGUCUAUGGACGAUAAGAAAAUGCAGCAUUUGAACAUACAAACAACUUCUUCUGCUGACACUAAAAGCUGUAACGACGAUUUAAACAUUGGAUCUGUCGAUGAAUUAAAUAAUGGACCUGACGAUGAUUUAGACAGUGGGUCUGCAGCCGAAAUGAUGGAAGGACAAGAGAAGUAUAAUCCUUUGGAGGUUGGAAGUACGGAAGAAGAUAGUGCCAUUUUUUAUGUAGACCUGAGAGAGCAUGAACAUGAUGAGUUUCAAGUUAACAUUGAACCUUCAGAUCUAACAAAGAUUUGUGCUAUGGAAGGAGAGAUGACGCUAUCGAUAAAAGAUACGGCAUUUAUUUUCAAAGAUAUUAACACGGGAAAAGAAAAGUACAGGUUUCCGUUUCCUUGGAUAAGACGUUUCUGGAAAGACGAUUCAAGUUUCGGUUUUGAAGCAGGUCGAAAAUGUCCGAACGGAGCCGGAAAUGUGAUCUGUACAACUCCGGAAGCAAACCAAAUUCACGAUAAGUGUGUUAAAGUAAUGGAAGAUAAUAAGCAAGUAAGAAAUCAAGUAAGAAAUGAGAAUAUCAUAACAAAAAUGUUCCGCCGAUUGACCUCACGGUUUUGAAUUGUUUAAUAUAUACGUGAAGUUAACUGUAACAGCAGUAAAAGCAAUAUUACUGUAUAUUUGUUGAAAAUAUGGACAGUAACAAAAAGAAUACAUUUGUUAUGAAUGUCUUAAAAACUGCUUUCACGGUCUGUUUUAUGAUUUUUAUUCAGAUAUUGAAUAUAUAUU